AUGUCGUGGUUGUGGCGUCCUGAAGGUGACGGCGGAGGACUGUCACCAUGGGAGAAAACCCGACCGGAGGACCCUAAAGUGGCAGAUCCAAUGGACCCCAGCAAAAUGGUGUCAAACAAGCAGGCAAACCGUCCAUUCCUUGGAUACUCCGAGUAUCGCAACAGACGCGAGCAGGAACAUGCGGCGUGGCUGCAGCGAAAGAAUGAACGGGAUGAAAAGCUGGCAAGAGGCGAGGAGGUCAGCCCUGAGGAGCCAGACCCCACAGAGGAACCGGAGGUCGGCUGUCUGGGCCUCCUCAAGUUCAUACUCUACGCAGUCCUCUUCAUCGUCCUCGCAGGGAAAUUUAUCACGGGGAGCUUUCUAUGGGAACACGAACUGCCGAACCUCAGGCAUCUGAUCCCAACAAACCAGCGGCUGUUUUCCGAGCGCAUGCUUGCGACGUUUGAUGGCUCGACUGAAGGGAAGCCAAUCUACCUUGCUAUCGACGGAGACGUGUAUGAUGUCAGCUCCGGCCCCCUGACAUAUGGCCCCGGAGGUCCUUACCACAUGUUGGCUGGCAAGGACGCUGCGCGGGCAUACGGGACGGGGUGCUUCUCCACGCAUCUAACGCAUGACCUUCGCGGGUUAAGCGAGGGGGAGCUGAAGGGCGUAGAGAACUGGAAGAAGUUCUAUGCGAGCCACAAGAAGUACUACAAGGUCGGACGUGUCUCACACCCACCGAUCGACCCUGCAAGCCCCACACUCGAGCAUUGUGAUCCGAAGAAGGCAAAGGCGGUGCGGACUCCGGAGCAGGUGGAGAAGCUGAAACACACGCAUGAGGGGCGGGAUGAGUUAUAG